AUGUCGCUCCCGCUCCCACCGGCCUCAAACCUCCACGCUAUCCUUUUAGUGACCAAAUCGCGAUCCCUCGGGCCCCGACUCGUAUUCCACUACCCUCCGCUCUCCCCAUCAGCUGCCGCACUCGCCUCGAACAAAGCUCCAGCGUGGUUCGGCAACCAGACCUCGACCGGCAGCCUUGACGACUCGCACAGCAGCAGCAGCGACUGGGGCAGCAGCACCGAGAACGAAGGCGCCGACGAUGACAUCGAAGCCGGCAGCAGGACUAGCGGUGGACGAGGCUCAGGACGCACCAGUGCCAGCCACCGAGAUCGCGAGAAACACCGACCUAGCGCGGGGGGAGCCUGGGGGAGACAGGACAGUAUUGAUGAAGAGGACGCGGAUCUGGACGACGACGGUGGCAGGAAGACCAAUGGCAGCCGGAAAAAUCAAGGUGGCGACUACGAUUGGAAUACGGUGCUUGGUUUCAAGGUCGAUGCGCUGGAGAAGAUGCUGUGUCCUGCCAACAGGUCCUUCAAUAAGCGGAGGUUCGAGCUCGGCGUUGAGAACAUCGUCUUCGUUGGCGCGCCCAUGUUCGUGAGGGAGGACGGGCUGUGGAAGAAGGCGCGGCGAAAGAAGGACAAGCGUACGCUAGAGGAGAAACAGCAAGCAGAGAAUGCUUUAGCUAAUCUCCACAUUCGCCAUCCUGAUGAGAAGGUAGUCCAUCGCCGGGAAGGUAGUGGUAGCACCAGAACCGGAUCGUUCGUCUAUCCAGAAGGGUUUGAGCCAGGCUACGGACACGGCAUGAUCUCGGGCGCACCUUCUGGAGCAGUAUCCGAAGCUGGAUCAGAUACACGCAGCAACUCGACCACAGACAAUGGGCCUGACAUGACCAUGUUCAAUGUCGUCUUCGUCCUCAAUCCGCCAGCACUCGAGUACCAGCUGCGCGUCAAGUACAUGUACGAUAACGUCACGCGUAAGUACGCCAAAGCCCUUAAGCACGAACAGGCACGCUUUCAAUAUGUGUGGAAAGAAUCGAAGAAGAUUAUCAACAUCAAGCAGAGAGCGAAGGACAACGGUGACUCUCUCUCUAUGGCUUGGCACGAGAUCAUCAACACUUCACCCUUAGCAAAAUCAAUUGCAAUCAUGUUCGACGCUAUCUCAAAUGACAAGAUUGCCCAUAUUCACUUCGACGCGACAUUCAAUACCCCAUUCCAGAUUCCGCAGCCUGACUCCACACCCUAUCUCCCGAAUGCUUUGGAACCACAGAUGCCAGGCCUGUGGCUUACAACCUCAAAUGUCAUCAUCGAAGAAGACAACGACGCCCCAGUAGCCCAACACUCCGCGCUACUGCUCCUCGAGGACACGGAAACACUCGUCAAAGAACUCGAGGGUGACGCCAAAGGAAAUACUACAGCCAUCGCGUUCUACCUCCGGAACAUCGUUCCCACGAAAUCGCUGCAAAAGAUAUCCAUCAAACACAACAUCCUCGCACAACAUAUAGAGUACAUAGCCAGCCAUCUCGUGUACUGGCGCCGGGCACGCUUGAUCCCCCCCCUCCACCCCCGAGAUACUUACAUCUUGUCCCCAAACGCCGACAUGGGUGCUUUACAGGCCGCAAUUCCCGCUUACGCAACCCGCUUCCCAACGUCACCUCCUCUGUCAAAAAUGCUAAGCAUGUUAUCCGGAAAACCCCGGCCCUACCGAACUUUCAUUCCUACGAACGAGCAUCGCGAAGCAUAUAUGGACAUUCUUGCGUGGUUGAUGCGUGGUGGGUGGGUAACGCAACUUCGGACCUUCGCGUGGGUGCGCGUAACCGCUGAAAUCAAAGCCGAAGUCGCUCUCGAGUUAGAACGAGAAGCCGCGAUCAAGAAAGCAGAGGAAGUGCGUCGACAGGAAAUGUCUGACAAUGAUUCUCUAACAGAGUCAAUGUUUUCGGGGACGGAUAAGCGGUCUUCGUUCUUGUCUGCGAACAGAGAGAGAGAGAGAGACAGGCCGGGUACCCCAUUGAGGAGGAAUAGGAGGGAGAGGGAGAGGGAGAGGGAGUUGGAUGAUGAGCAAAUGGACGCUUCGACCAUCCUCUCCCCUCGGACGGCAUAUCGUGGUUCUCCGGCAAGGCCGGCGAGUGAUGCGGGGAGUACUAGUAGUAAUCGCACGACGAUUCCGCUGCCGAGUGUCCCUACUACAAGGCCGAUUUCGCCAUCUCAAGCGCAAGUUCAAGCGAAACCACAUCGCCCCUCUCCACUACAUUUGAAAGCGGCAUCCCCGAGUCGUGCGCAGAAUACACGUUCGCCAACGAAUGCUCACAAGCUGCAUCUCAAUACACACUCGCUAUCGCCAUCUCUUCCGUCACCACCGACAACCCCGCAAACAUACACCCCGAGCUUGGUUUCGUCCCCGCAAAAAGCAUCGUCACUUGAAGCGCGCUGGCUUGAGAAAAUCGGGCAGACAUUCCAAAUCCAACAUCCCCAUAUCGCUGACACUAACUCUGCCACUAACCCCGAUCCUGCCAUCCACGACGCAGUUGUAGGUGUUGGGCUAGGUGAAGAGAUCACCGAAAAUUGGCCGAUAUUACUCAAGUAUUUUGAUGGCAAGCAUGCGCUUGAGGAUAUCGCGGCUAGAGAAGGAAUUAAAAGGAAGAGGGUUUGGGGGUGGAUUACGGCGGUUAGGGAGGCGGGGUGGUUGGUCGUUGUUAGGCAUUGGUGA